UUACUAUUUCCUAUGGUGUAUUCCGGUUAUGAAUUUGGACAUAUAAUUUUCUAUUAAAUACCUUUUUUGUAAAAAGUUUUAACAACUUAUAAAAUGAACACUAAUAUUCAAGGAUCGUGUGUUGACGUUUUAGAGUUCAAAUGCUCAGCAUUUUGCAAUCUGAAAGUUUUCGAAGAUGGUAAUAAAUUUGAAAGAUCAAUUAGUGCUGUUGUCUGUAGUAAUCGCUUUGGAAUUACUUUUGUUGCUUAUCCAAAGCGACUGUGUAUGAUUUUAAUGAACAAUGUUCGUCAAAUAGUUGGUGAUUUUGGAAUUGAAAAAAGUACUAUUACAAAUUUUUUGAGACGUGAAAUUGAUUUGGAAUCUGUUCCUAAUUUUCUAGACCUCAGCUGUGAUGAAGAAUAUUUAGCUAUUGCUUUAACAGUAAAUUCUCGACCAAUUAUUCAAAUUUAUCAUUUAGAAACUUUGAUUGCACAAAACCAUGUGAGUUUAUGGACAAGUAUUACUCUUGAAGCUACCCAGCAUUCUCAUGUUGUUGAUUUGUCUUGGAAUCCCGGUGUUCAAAAUUCUUUGGCAUGUUGUUUAUCUGAUGGAUCUUUACAUAUAAUAGAGUUGAAAAAUGAUAAAACCUACAGUAUUGUAAAUUUGCCUCCUCAGUCAAGUACUUUAUGUUUAAGUUGGAGCCCUAAAGGAAAACAAAUAAUUGUUGGGAGUACUAAUGGAUCACUGACCCAGUAUAAACCUGAACUUAAAGCAGUUAAACAAUAUUCACCACCUACUGAUGUAUCAACUAAUGUAAUACCUAUUAAAGUAAAGUGGAUAUCAAACUUUCAGUUUGCUGUAAUUUAUGAUUUGAUUGACAAUUCUGAUGAACAACCAAGUCUAUAUAUUGUAAAUACUCCUAAAAAUUCACCUAUUGAAUUUAUCAAUUUUGAGCAAUUUGUUAUAAUGAACUCGGAACAGUAUAGAGUCAAUCAAUAUUAUAUCAUUUUUCAGCCAAUCUGGAAUAUACUUUUUGUGGGAUCAUCAAAUUGUACUGAAAUCGGUGUAAUGGGAAUGAAUAACGAUGGACAUUGGCAGUGUUGGACAUUAGAAACUAGACCUGAACUGCCAUUUACUCUUGAUAAACAAAUGUAUCCAUUAGGAGUUUCUUUAGACCUAUCAUCUCAAAUGCGUAUAAAACAAUUAUCGAAAGCUAAUGAAGAAACAUUUCUUGAUCCAAUGCCAGUUUUAUGUGUACUAUCUAGUGAUGGUGUAUUAUUUUUGUAUCAUUUAGAAAAUCAACUGUGUAUCAAUCAAAAUAUUUGUAAACCUUCUAUUGAAUUACCUAAUAAUGUGGUAUCAGUACUAUUUAAUAGUAUUUCAAAACCAAACAUUUUACUGAAAAGUGAACCUUCAAAUGGGACUCAUAAAGUUACUGAUGAAGAUGUAAUCAAUGUUGUUGAUUUGGUAAAUGAAAAUGAAAUUAAUAAUGAAUCAGUUCUUGCUCAGUAUUUAGAAACUUCGACUACUUCUCAAGCUGAAAAAACACAAAUAAUAAAUAGUCCAAUAGUUCCAGUUACUAAAUCAAAUGCUCCAAUAGUAUCACCAAAUACAACAUUUUCAAAUGUUCAAAAUACAAACAAUAUUUCUAAUAAAAAUAAAUCUACUGAAGUUAUAACCUCUUGUACUGCUGAAAUACUUUUAAAAGAAGUCAUGGAAGAUGUUAAGUUAUUUCAAUCUCAAUUAGAAAAUGUUUUAAAAUUAUCAACUAAAACCAGUAAAUUAAAAAUAGGGGAUGAAAAAGACAAGGAAAUUUUAAUAAAAAAGUGGUCAUCAUUAGAUUUGUUUUUUAAAGAACUAAAUGAAACUAAUCGUUCUCAAUGGACUGAAACUAAAGCAUUGCAAAAGUCAGUAUUAGAUGCUACUGCUUGGAUUGAAGAUUCAAAAUCUCGUCUAUUCUUUUUGAAAAAUCCUAAAUACAAGUGUUUAUUAAAGAAUGAAAAUGAUGAGCCAUUCAGUAAAGUCAUUUUUGACAAUAUAGAGCGAACCCUAUAUUACAUUGAAACACAAUUAACACAUGUUGAUGAUCAAUUGAAAUCUCGUUAUGAUAAUUAUAACAUCAAUAACAAAGAAAUGAAAAUUCCUCGUCUAGAAACUAUUUAUCAAGCAUUAGUUUAUAACACAAACACAGUUAAUAAACUAAAAGAAAAAAUUAAAUACUUAUGUGACAGUGUUGAACAAGUAAAAGAAAUAACAUUAAAAAAGUUGUCAGUUGCUCCUGAUGUUGUACAAAACACAUCAAGAUUAAAUGAUUCUAGGGAUAUUGGUUUAUCUAAAUUAUCUGAACAAUUAUUAAAAAUCACUCUGGAGAAGGAUGGUGUUUCAGCAAUAAAUUCUUACAAUAUUGCGAAAAAAUAUUCUGUUUUAUCAGCUAAUCAACGAGCACUUUCUAGUACUAAAGUUAAUCAAUUACAAGAUUGGUUGAAAGAUUUUAAAACAAGAAGAACGAAAAACAAGUCAAAGUAUGCUAAUAUAGACUAUAGUAAACCUGUAUGUAGUACACCAUUGAAAAAUAAAGUCAAACAAUAUAAUGAUAGUCAAGUGAAUGGAAAAAUAACUCCUAUUAUUUCUGCGAAUAUUAAUGAAGAAUACAGUAUUCAAACACCUGUUUCAUUUAAUAUAAAAUCUAAUAGUGAUAUUAAAAAAAUUGAGUCUACGGAUAAAAUAUCUGAUGUAUUCAAACAUGAUUUGAAUACUAUACCACAACCAUCAAUAUGUCCAAGUAUUCAUCAAACUUCAACAACUUCAAAUCCAAUAGUACACAAUAUCUUUACUAACUCUAAACCAACUCUUACUGAUUUUUCAUCAAGUUUAUCAAAACCUUCUAAUGUUAAUACUAGUGUGCCAUCAAUUUGGAAACCUGUAGAGAGUGUAUCGAAUACUAAACCAUUAGUUUUUAAUAAUGUUUCAGAUAAAUUUGAUUACAAGAUUUUUACAAAAGACAGUUCAAUUAUAUCUACUUCCAAUACUACUCCAGCACAAGAAAAAAUUAGUGUAUCUACUAGUUCUAUUAAAACACCUUUAGACUUCAGUAUAAAAUCACAAUCUGUUCCUUCCUACGCAAUAUAUACUGCAACCACUGUAGCUUCAAAAACAUCCAGCUUGGAUGUAGUUUCUGAAACAAUUAAUACUAAUACUAAAUUACCAUUUAGCUUUAACAGUUCAUUACAAACUGAGUCUUCUACAGUAAAGUUAUCUCAACCAGUUAUUAGUAAUUUUGCUAACUCUACACCAAAUAAAAUAGAUAAAACAAAAACAGCAACUUUAAUUUCUUUAAAUAUAGAACCUACAGUAUCAAAAGAGGCACCACUAGCUGCAUUCAAUUUCAAUUCAAAGCCUGAUAUAGCAUUAUCAUCAUUUAGCUUUAACAUAUGUAAAACAGAUGAGUCUAAAACUGGAGAUAAAGAGUCUAAAUGUUCAUCUCCGAUAAUAUCUGAACCGUCCACUCCCGAAAAUGAAAGGGUUGAAACAAAUAUUUCUGCGAAUAGUUUACCAAUUGUAGAAAUUUCUACCAUUGGUAUAACAGAUCCAGAAACAAAAUGUUCAACACCAAUUACUGUUUUUAGUUCCACUAGUACCACUAGUACAACUUCAGUUUUCGAUACUUCUAAAAAUAGUUCUUCAACAAUAUUUGGCAAUGCCACAAGUGCGCCUAAUACUACCACAGUUUUUGGAACACCUACUAUGACUACAGCUUCAUCAAUUUUUGGUAGUCCUAUUGUUUCAACAACCUCAUCAACAUUCAGUUCAUCCAGUACAACAAAAACUUCUACAUCUUCUAUAUUUGGAACUCCCACAUCCUUAAAAACGACUAGUAUAUUUGGAAGUGUUUCUCAAACAUCUGCUGGUUUUGGAUCUUCCACAACAAAUUCAUCAAUUUUUGGUACUCCUACAAUUACUUCAACAAGUUCAAUUUUUGGUUUAGCGACUACAAGUACUUCAUCUAUUUUUGGAGCUCCAUUGUCAACUAGUUCAUCAACUAUUUUUGGGUCACCUGCAACAACUAGUACAUCAACUAUUUUUGGAGCUCCAACAACAACUAGCACAUCUUCUAUUUUUGGGACUCUUGCUACAACUAAUAUUUCAUCAUCAUCAUCACCAUCCAUCUUUGGUGCUCCUUCAAUUACAAAUGCACCAUCAUCAUCUAUUUUUGGGGGCCCAGCAACAACCAUUAAAUCAUCAAUUUUUGGAACACCUACAACAAAUACAACAUCAUCUAUUUUUGGAACCCCAACAAAUACAACUAAUACAACAUCUAUUUUUGGUUCACCUUCAACAACAGCAACUUCUAGUGGAUUGUUUGGUUCUGUUGCUGCUGCAGCAAACCAAUCCUCUACAUUUGGACAAUCUACUUUAGGAUUUAAUUCUCCUGGCUCUGCAUUUGGUAAUAUGUCUUUAUUUGGGCAACAAUCAUGUAGUCCAUCUCAGCCAGGCAAUAAUUUUGGAGUAGCUGCAAAUCCCUUUGCUAUUAAUAAAACAUCUACUAGCCCGUCAUCUUUAUUUUCUGGACAAAAAGCAGUAUUUGGUCAGCCAACCGUAACAAGUUCACAAAAUAGUUUUGGAACAUCAAAUCCAGUAUUUGGUACUGGAUCAGGAUUUUCUAUGGGUAAUCAAACCAAUAAUUUAGGGUUUGGUGCACCACCAGUAUUUGGUAACAUGGGUUCUAACUUUUCAAAUACAUCGGGAUUUGGACAAGCUCCUGUUUUUGGGGGUUCUGGUACAUUUGGUUCAGCUGUUUCAUCACAAUACACAUUUGGUCAAACCAGUAGUUUACCAGACAAUGGUACAUUUAGUUUUGGGGCUGCUGCUCAACAGCCAACCACUGCAUUUGCGUCUUUAGCUGCUCAAACUAAUUCUCCUACAUUUGGCAAUAUAGCACAGAAUCAAACUACUGGUUUUGCUUCUCCAGCAGCUGCCACUUUUGGACAGCAGCAGCAACCUCAAACAAGUCCAUUUAAACCACAAACUGCUUCUUUUGGUGGAAGUUCAUUCAGUUCCUGGCGUUAAUUUAUUUAUUGGAGAAAAAAAUAACAUAAACAAAUUGUUAUAUAAAACAAUUAUAUUAUUGAUAUAAAAAAUUAUGUUCAUUAUAAUUUUACUAGUUCUUAAAAUAUACAUUGAUUUUUUGUUUAUUUGUUAAAUAUUUCAUCUUAAUAUUAUAAUUACACAUUUUGUA